AUGAGUGUCAAACUUCGAGUGUUGUUUGUUUUCGUGAUAACGGUUGCUCAAUUUUCGAGAAUCUACGGAUUGGACGCAAUCUGUGAAAGAAUAGAUUUCAAUGAUUUUCCCCAAACCAAAAUUCGUGAGUGUUCCGGAACUGUACGGCAACAAUUUUCGGUAGUUCCGUAUGCAAACUCUGUCGUGUUCCAACCUUACCGUCCGGGUGUCCUGUAUUAUCUGAGCAGCGUUUCACCAGGCGUCAGUUGCUGCGAAACGGUCGAAAGCUUUUACAUGCAUGAAUUCACCGAGAUUCGCUUGAUUUUUCAACUCCUGUUCUACUCGGCCUCAUCGCUCACGCUCAGUAUAUUGGAUAUGGACGACCUUGAAGGUACCCUUCCGGCAACAGUCCAACGCUGGACUUCUUCGUCAGUCACUGCAGGAUGGAGCAUGUUUGUUGGGAAAGUUGAACGGGAAAUCAAACGGGCAAAGUUACAGAUCGAAUGUGACAUGAGCGCUGAUGCCAAUGUGGCGAUUGAAUACGUGACUGUGUUCAAUUCGUUAGUGGAAGAACAGUUCUGCAAGGAUUUGGAUGAGUAUUACACCUCGACGACGGCGACAUCAGCGCCAACUACGACCACAACAUCCACGUCGAGGCCAACCACGACUACAACCACGACGGCGAGGCCAAGCACAACUACAAUUCGGACAACGCCUGCUACUACAAGCACAACAGUCAGCACCACUACCAGCACAUCAACGCCAACAACAACAACAACUGUUUCACAAUCUUCUGCAUUUCCUGUGACAACCACGACAACCGAAUUACCAGUGGACCCAACAAGCAGCUCGACGGAACAGGUCGAACCUACGACCCUUCCGUUGAUGAAAUCUCGAGCCAAUGCCGCCUGGAUAGCCUUGAGCGGGGUCUUCGUCACCUUGUUCAUUCUUUCGACGGCCUGCGGUGCUUAUCUAUACUUCAGUGGUCGUCAAAUCAAUCGAUUGAUCGCCGAACAAUUUCCCGUAAAACCGAUUAAAAACAUCAAUCAUCACGCCAACAACUACCAUCCGACUCCGCUAGAUAACACGAUUCACCGGAAACUCCAGGAGCAGCUAAAAAAUCGCUUACAACAACAACAACAGCACAGUCUCGCCGUUGGUGCUGACGAUUACGGUGAUGGUUUAUUCUGCAGGAACGACAGUCCGGGCUCAGUGCCGCACAAAUAUCCGAGCACUUCGAAUGUCAACCUGAAGCGGGACGAGAUUCACUUUCGAGAUGAUAUUAGUAAAGCCAAGCACAAAAGUCGGUUGAAUAAACUCUAGUAGAAGUGAGAGUCGUG